AGAGCCGGCGGCGCCAUGGCCUCAAGGUUACUGCGGGUGAGCGCGGCCCUGCGGCUCCUGCCCGGCGCCUCCGCCCGAGCCGCGCCCGCGCGCCAGCUCGGUGUGCCCGGGAGACUGGCCAGCGAUGAAGAACAGGCGACUGGGAUGGAGAGGAAGGUCAUGGAGGCCCUGAGCAAGGGCCUGGACCCCUACAGCAUGUUCCGGCCCAAGCGCUACGCAGGCACCAAGGAGGACCCGAACCUUGUGCCCUCCAUCACCAACAAACGCAUCGUGGGCUGUGUCUGUGAGGAGGACAACAGCUACGUGGUUUGGUUCUGGCUGCACCAGGGCGAGGCCCAGCGCUGCCCCUCCUGUGGGGCCCACUACAAACUGAUCCCCCACGAGCUGCCCCACUGAGGGGGGCUGUGGGACCCCCCCUUGGGGCCCUGCUGAGCCCCCCCCUGCACCUGAGCCCCCGAUAAAGAGAUGGUGGGGAGA